AUGUCUAUAGCGCACAGCAUAAAGGACACAGUGCGAACAGAUGACGUUCUUAUAACAGAAUCUGUUGAUUUUUCUGGUUUGCUACUUUCCCAUCAUGUUUUGCAGGGACUCACUGAGGCAGGUUUCAAGAGACCAUCCCCGAUCCAGCUAAAAGCCAUACCUUUGGGUCGAUGUGGACUUGAUCUCAUUGUUCAAGCCAAAUCAGGCACAGGGAAAACAUGUGUUUUCACAGUGGUAGCCCUAGAAGGUUUGGAAAUGCAAUCAGUUUGUGUUCAGGUCCUGGUGUUGGCACCCACAAGAGAGAUUGCUAUACAGAUCCAAGAUGUCGUCCAAACAAUUGGGAAAUCCAUGAAAGGUUUAAAGUGUCGCUCCUUCAUUGGCGGGUUACCACUGGAGGCAGACAAAAAUGCAGCCAGGAGCUGUCAAAUUGCUGUUGGAACACCAGGUCGUGUCAAACAACUGAUAGAAAUUGGAGCCUUAAAGACCAACAAUGUGCGGAUGUUUAUCCUGGAUGAAGCAGACAAACUUCUGGAGAAAGGUUUUCAAGAAACAAUCAACUGGAUCUAUGCAACCCUGCCACAGAACAAACAAAUACUGGCCCUCUCAGCCACAUAUCCCGAGCAGCUGGCACAUCACCUAACUUCGUACAUGAGAAACCCAACCUAUGUUCGGCUCAACACCACUGACCCAGCUUUGUUAGGUAUCAAACAGUACCAUUUUGUGGUACCAAAUCAUCCCAUGCCAAAUGUGGUGUUUGCUUCCAAAAUUGAUGCCGUUGUGAAGAUCCUAUCCUCUGUCAGUUUUCAACAGUGCCUGAUUUUCUCCAAUUUGCAGACUGGAGCUCAGAAUCUGCAGUCAGAGUUGCUCUCUCGAAAUUGGCCUACCACUUGUAUCGCUGGCUUCUUGGACCAGAAGGAGAGGAAUCAUGCCAUGGAGCAGCUCAAGACCUACAAAUGUCGUAUACUGAUAUCUACUGAUCUGACAUCCAGGGGGAUAGAUGCUGAUAAAGUGAACUUAGUGAUAAACCUGGAUGUACCUUUUGACCAUGAAACAUAUCUUCACAGAAUUGGCAGGGCAGGCAGAUUUGGGAGUUUUGGGGCAGCUGUAACCAUUGUGACGAAAGGUCCCCAGGAGACUCAACUUUGGGCUGUGGAAAAGAAAUGUCACACUUGUAUUCAUAAAUUGCCAGAUCCUAUUCCUAACGAUCUAGUAACAAAACCAGUCCCAUUGCGAAUUGAUGAUAUUGUAAGUACAAAACAGAUAAUCACUGAGCCAGCGUCCGACAUUUCGGCCCCCAUAGACCCACUAUCAGCUGUUGCUUCUAAGCAUUCUCUGGCAACAGCCUCUUCAUCUGACUCUCCAGUGGUGACCCAGCUUAGCGAACAAGAGAAACAAUCUUCAGAAGAAAAAUUAAUGGCUGCCGAAGCAGUAAAUUAUAGGAAAGAAAGAGACACAACUUCAACAAAUGUGAUGCAGACUGAGAUAUCUAAAGUUCUUUGUGCUGACUUACCAGACAAACUUGUAUCUGAUGUGGAACUAGCAGGGGUAGAAAACAGAAACUCUAACAGCAUUCUUGAGCCCAGACCAUUGUCAUUACAUGGUGCUGCCAGUAUGUCUGAUGAUUUACAAAGUACUGCUGAUGCUGAAGUCAGACAUGAGACUAUAGCUGAAAACAGCAGUAAAUGCGAGCAGACUGUAGCUGAGAACAGUGGUAAAUGCAUGCAUGAGAUCCCAGCACAAAAUGGUGACUACUGCAUGCCAGAAGUAAACUCAAACACCAUAAAUAAUGACAGUUUUGAAAUCUUAAGAGGAAACUGUAAUGAAUGUAAAUGCAAAACAUCUACAGGAAUUUGUGGGAAUUGCAGACAUGAUAUCUGUCCAGCUGGUAAUUUAGAAAAAGUCAAUGGUCAGGGCUCAGAGGGAAAGAACUUUAUCAGCUCUAAUGAUGAAACAGCAGACAUACGAAUUAGUUACAACCCUUUAAACGUGUGUGAGAAUUUAGCACAGUCUAAUGAAGGCAUUGAUGAUAAGAGUCUAGACCUGGAGACAAGAGUAGAGGAAUGUUUGGAAACAAGCCAUCAAGAGUCUGUUAGCACAGCUGAAUCCGAUAGCCAUCUGGCUUCAUUGGAAAUACAAAAGAGUGAUGAAGUGAUGCAGCUGCUAGUGAACAGGAAAACUAACAAAAUUCUACACAAUAAUGAAUCCUGGAAAGUUCAGCAUAAUUCCAGAACUGACUAUGAAGAAGUGUGCUGGGACGGUUUGUGUAUCGAAGAUAUACCUACGUUGUCAGCUGACACCAGAGAGGAGAUACAGAAUGGGAUCAUUGGAAAUGAUAUUUCUGAGUACAGUAAGGAUUGCAGUUUAAACAGUAGUCAGGAUACUUUGGUAAAUGGGCUGCAUAAAUGUGAGCCACUUCAGGUUGGCAUUUCUGAUGGCAACAUGCUUAGAGACCUGGCUAAAACUGCAUCUCUCUCCACUUCAGUAAAAAUCAGAGCUGGAUCAGUGUAUCCUUCAGUUAAUGACAGUGUGGUUGAUCAAGACUUGGCUUCAGACCAAAUUCUUAUGUCUUGCAGUGAUGAUUCUUCUAGCUCAAAAUCAAACAUAAAAGUAGAAUGUUAUGCUCAUUCUUGUGACAAGGUUGUCAAUGUAGAUGUGGUAGCUUCCUUGGCAACAGUAAAUGCUGAGAAGGUUAGCAGUGGAGAAAAUCCUGUCAUUGUCUCAGAGGUUCCUGGCAAAUUGAAUCACAAUGUACCUUCAUCUGGAAAAAUUAUACUAACAGAAAGUAAUGCAAAGACUUCUUCUGCUGGAGAAAUUCCACAGGCAGACAUUAAUGGAAAGGCUUCUUCUGGAGAAAUUCCACUGGCAAACAUUAAUGAAAAGGCAUCUCUUUUUUCUGGAGAAAUUCCACAGGCAGACAUUAAUGGAAAGGCUUCUUCUGGAGAAAUUCCACUGGCAGACAUUAAUGAAAAGGCAUCUCUUUCUUCUGGAGAAAUUCCACAGGCAGACAUUAAUGGAAAGGCUUCUUCUGGAGAAAUGCCACUGGCAGACAUUAAUGUAAAGGCUUCUCCUUCUUCUGAAGAAACUCCACUGGCAGACAUAAAUGUAAAGGCUUGUUCUGAAGAAACUCCACUGGCAGACAUUAAUGUAAAGGCUUGUUCUGAAGAAACUCCACUGGCAGACAUUAAUGUAAAGGCUUGUUCUGAAGAAACUCCACUGGCAGACAUUAAUGUAAAGGCUUGUUCUGAAGAAACUCCACUGGCAGACAUUAAUGUAAAGGCUUGUUCUGGAGAAAUGCCACUGGCAGAAAUUAAUGUAAAGGCUUCUAAUUCCUCUGGAGAAACUCCACUGUCAGAAAGUAAUGCGAAGGUUCCUAAUCAGUCUCAGCAGAAGUUGCCUGUUAAAUUUAGAAAAACGGGAACACGAAGGAGUUAUUUGAGAUCUUUUGGUUUAACAGAUUUUCUCAAGUUUGUGAAUGAAAGCAACAGUUCUCAACACACGGAGGAAACCAGUUGUUCUUUCAAUGAUCCAGAUGAACAGUGUAGUAGAGAUGAUGUUGUUUCUUCAACUGAUAUUAGUACAAGGGCACAAGACUUUGUAGCCUGUGAUUUGAGUGCUGGUGGUGGCGAUUCUGUUGCUGCUUUCUGUGUUUUACUUGGUAGACAGCAUUCAAACUGUGAAAUAUCCUCUAAGAAGGCUGUUGUGAAUACGAACCAACACUUAGAUCUUCUUGGUGGUGGAGACUCAUUCUGUCUUAAAGUGGCUGGAGCAGAUUGUUUGGAUUCUGUUAGUUAUCAGUCUGGUUUGCUUAAAAAAUCUGGUAGCAUAGGUGAAGUGGAUACCUUGGAUGGAAAUACAUCAGAUUCACAUAAAGCGUUGACAAGCCUUGGACAGGGUUUUCAGCUGAUCCAGCCCAGUCAUGCUGAAAGUAAUAAGCUCAAUUCAAAGAACAGCACUAUAAAUGAACCAGCCGGUGACUCCUUAUCUCAGCCUCCUUGUGACCUGCCUUCAGCAGUAUCGUCUGAAGUGUUACCCAAGACGGCAAACAUUUUGCUGAUAGACUGUCUCUCUUCCCUUCUUUUACCUUCCCAGAACAGCUGCCAGCUGGUCACAGUUGCAGAUCUAGAAGCAGACCAUCAGCAAUUUUGUAGUGAUUUUGAUGAUUCCCUGAUCAUUUCUUGUACUUCAGAACUGAUGUCAAAUUUUGAGCUAAAGGAUUUUGAAGAUACCAAAGAUGUACAAGAGUUGUGUGCUGCUGAGUGUGAAAAGCUGGCAUUACUCAAGUCAAAUUUGAAAGUUAAGCUUCUGAAUGCAGAGGAGAAAAGAAAAGGUCAGCCUUCACUCGAAGCAAGGCUAUUGUUGAGAAAGGGUUAUUCUGGAGAUAAGCAGAUGAAACAGGAUGUUGAAGAGAUAUCAGAACAGUACUUUGAUAGGGCUGCAAAUAAAAAGCAGAAAUCAAAACCCGGUUUUAAAGGAAGGAAUAAAUCUGGCAGAGGAAGAAAGGGUUCAGACAGCUUGAACUGGAGGGGUGCAGCGGAUGAGAAUUAUGAAGGAUCUGGCGAAGGACGUCAUUUCUCUCCAAGAAAAGAUGUUGAAAAGAAACAAAAGACGCAGAAAAGAAACAAUGUAAAUUUAACUGAGCAGUUGAACAAGGUAACUUGGAAAAAAGACUGUUCUUAUGUUGACAAUGAGUUAGACACCAGAGAUGGUCAGAUAUCCAGCGAAAAUCAGCUCCCUGAAAACAGUGGUGAUGUGCUGGUUGAAAAGCGUGGCAUGCUGGGAAAAUCUGAAAGAGGGACUACCAGAGGGAACCGACAAUAUGAUAGUGUAACUGAAAAUGCAAAAGGAGAGGAUGAUAAGAAGACACAAGUGAAGCCAUCUGAUAAGAAAGAUGAUGAGUGUAAAAUGUUGGAUAAUAUGCACGAACAUAUGAUGCUGAAAAGAAGGCUGAGAAAAUUGGAAAGGGAACGUUUUAAUAGUGGGAAUGUACAGUCAGAUUCUUGUACUGCAGAAGUUACAAUCACUGAGAGCAAACAAGAGAAGGAUGGUGAAUGUGUUGGUAGGGAGAUUGUUGAACCAAGUGAACGCAGAGAUGAUGAGUGCAAGAUGCUAGACGACAUGCACACACAAAUGUUGUUGAACAGAAAAUUGAAAAGAUUAGAGAAACAGCUUCUAAAUCAUGGAGAUAUGAAGUUAAAUUCUGGUACUGUAGAAGUGACAGAGUUCAAUAACGGUGAAGAAGCAAAGAUCGUGGGGACUGUUGAUAUAGGAAUAGAGAAUUUUAUUGCAUUAACACUUACAGAAAAAACAGGAUGCAAAGAAAGUAACCCUCUGCACGUUAAUAAAAGCAAUAUUAUUUUGGAAGUCAUUUCAACUGAAGAGAAUGCAAAUUAUGUUUGUAAAGGAAAUCGAAGGCCGGACUGUGAUCCUGAAAUAAAUGAAGAAGAUGACAGUCAAGUUGCAAACAAUUUGAUGUUAAGAAGUACAGCCUUUGGCGGAGAACAAAGUAAGCAAACUUUAGCUGAAAAAGAAAAACUUGUGAAAUUAAAUCCUGGCAGAGAUCUUGAAUUAGAUGAAGAAGGUAAGGGUGAAAGUGCUGGAAAUUUGAUGUCAAGAAAUGUAACUCUCGGCAGAGGACAGAGUAAGCAAAAAUCAACCGAAAGAGAGAAGCUGGUCAAAUUCAAACCUGUAUUGAAUUCACCAGCCAGUGACAGAAAACCGACCAAGCCAUCAAAAACUGAAGCCAGACUGGCAGGACUUGAAGUUUCAGACGGAUCCACAUCCUCAACUUCCGACCUCAGUCUCAGCUCAGCUUCUGACAUUUCAGAUGUCGUGUCCUCCGAUGUGGACACCAAAGACGUCAUUAUGGCAUCUCAAUGCUAUGCCAAUAAGUAUGCACAAGAAGGUUACAUGAAUCCAAGAAAAUCAAAGAAGAGAGAAGAAAGUAAAAAAGUUCAGUCACAUCCUGCUUUCUGUCGUCAGGAAAAUGGAUUGCAGUAUUCUACUUCUGUUCUGGAAACAGAGCAUUUGCAAUGCAAUAAUUACUCCUCCAAAGCCUACUUGGAACACAGCAUGUCAUCCAUGUCUUUGCAAGAUCCCCAUUCAGCUGUCUUCACUUCUGGCAACCUUCCUUACUCGAUGCAUGACACAAUUAAUGAACAUUCAUUGCCCAUAAAAUCUGGCCCGAAAGGUGAUAAAAUGAAAAUAAUGAAACAUUCACUGGCGGAACAAGAUCAUGAGUUUGAACGGCAGCACAAAUCUAACUCUUCCAGAAGAAAAGCUUCAGAAGGGCAUCAGAGAGCAGAUACUCUUGCCAAGGAUCAUAAACUAAGCUACAGUGAAAAUCUCAGGAAUGAGUUCAGAGUGAGUGAUUCAGAGGACAGUUCAAGUGAUUCAAAUUCCUUUGUGGCACACAACCCUCAUUUAUACUCACGUAAUACCAUGCCUUGGUUUUCUCCGUACUGUAAUACAUAUCAGUCAGUGCCGCACUGUGCAUGCUCUGCUUCAUCACAUAUUCCGGCAAUGCAGCCACAGGCACAUUAUGGCCCACAGACAGUCCAUCCAUCUUUUCCGUAUCCAGCUCCGGAUCAGAGCACACAGCUGUCUGCUUAUGGUUACCCACAUCUGGCAUUCUACCAGAGGAGCCACCCAUCUGCUUAUGGUUACCCACAGCCUGUGUUCCAGUGGUAUACACCCUCAGCUCAGACUAUGUGGCAUUACGUCAGUCACAUGACCAGCAUGCUGUCUCAUCUGACCAGGAAACACCAAAGAGAAAUGGAAAGUACCUCUGGAGAAGAAUGA